AUGGAUUCCGGUAAAAGAAAAUUAUCGACUUUGUUUGAAUUGGCUAAAAAAUUCAAUUGCUUUUAUUUAUCUGGAUUAAACAAAAAUGGUUAUAGACCAUUUAUUGUGGAAGGACAUCAAGUUGGUCUUAUCAGGCCAGAUAUAUCAAAAAUAUUGCUCAGUUAUCCAGAAGUGUUUCUUAAUCAACCAGACUGUGUAGAAUUAAAUCCAGCAUUUAGAGAUUACAAUGAAAGAUCAUUGAAUGUUGAAAAAGUUUUAAGAGAAUGCCAAGAAAAAAAUAUUUUUUCAACAUUAAAAGGUUGGAGAGAUGAGUGCUAUGAUGUUCGUGAAACAUUUUCAGACACUCCACUUUUAAAAAUGGAUAGAUCAGCCAUGUGCCUAUUUGGAAUUCGUAAAUAUGGAGUCGAUAUAAACGGUUAUGUGAAACAUCCAGAUAAAGGUCUUUGUAUUUGGUUACAAAGAAGAGCUUUAACAAAACAAACAUGGCCUGGAAAAUGGGAUAACAUGGUCAGUGGUGGUUUAUCAAUCGGAUUUGGAAUAACCGAAACAGCAAUCAAGGAAGCUUAUGAAGAAGCUUCAGUACCUGGAAAUUUAUUAAAAAAUUUAAAAGCAGCCGGAUCGGUAUCGUUUUAUUUCGAAUCGGAAAGAGGUUUAUUUCCGAAUACGGAAUUUGUUUUCGAUUUAGAAUUACCUCCUGAUUUUUCACCGACAAACAACGAUGGAGAAGUUGACGAAUUUGAAUUAUUACCCGCCGAAUAUGCAAUUAAUAGAAUCAAAAGUCCAGAUUUUAAAAUAACCGGAGCUCCGGUUGUUAUAGAUUUUUUAAUACGACACGGUUGGAUAACCGCCGAAACGGAACCUUAUUUUCCGCAAAUAAUAGAACUUCUUCACGUUCCUCUUCAGUCACUUUACCAAAGGCACCAUCAUCAUUCGACGGAAAAUGGAAAUUCUUCUUCCUAA